UACCCCAUACGGUACAAUAGGCGAGAAAUGACAAAUUGUGUGACUUGGGUAAUGGGUUUUACUAGGGCUUUAUAAACGUGAGAACUCCCCUCCGUCGGACCGAUCGACUGUCUUUUUCUCUCUCCACCGUCCGAUUCCGGCAUCCAAUUCAUAUACCUCAAUGAACACGGCGAGAUCGAACUCCCUCAGCAAGCUCCGGCUGCUGAAUCACUUGCUGCAGUCGACGCCUGUUGUUACCUGCAGAGCCGUUUCCACUCUCUCUUCGCCGAUUCUAAAGCAGUCCUCUCUUCUAUCCGGUCAAAUCCAUCCACGUCAGCUCUCCCCGUUCUUCACACCGGUCCGUCAUUUUCGCAAUGCUCGUGACCCUAGUGUGAGAUAUGAAAUUCCGCCGCCUGUUAAUUGGGGAGUACGAAUUGUGCCUGAGAAAAAGGCAUAUGUUGUUGAGCGAUUUGGGAAGUAUGCUAAGACCUUGACUCCUGGAAUUCAUGUGUUGAUUCCUUUUGUCGAUAAAAUUGCUUAUGUUCACUCGCUCAAAGAAGAGGCUAUUCCUAUACCUGAUCAAUCCGCCAUCACCAAAGACAAUGUCAGCAUUUUGAUUGACGGUGUUCUUUAUGUCAAGAUUGUGGACCCUAAAUUAGCCUCGUAUGGGGUUGAGAAUCCACUCUAUGCGGUAAUUCAGCUAGCACAAACAACUAUGCGCAGUGAGCUUGGUAAGAUCACACUGGACAAGACCUUUGAGGAAAGGGACACUUUGAAUGAAAAGAUAGUGAUGGCUAUUAACGAGGCUGCAAAAGAUUGGGGCUUGAAAUGUCUUCGAUAUGAAAUAAGGGAUAUAUCUCCUCCUCGCGGUGUUAGAGCUGCUAUGGAGAUGCAGGCUGAAGCAGAACGUAAAAAAAGGGCGCAAGUUUUGGAGUCAGAAGGAGAAAGGCAGGCAAAUAUUAAUAUUGCAGACGGAAGGAAGAGUUCAGUGAUCCUUGCCUCAGAAGCUGCAAAAAUGGACCAAGUCAAUAGAGCGCAAGGUGAAGCAGAAGCAAUCCUCGCCAGGGCACAAGCUACAGCAAAAGGAAUUGCAAUGGUGUCAGAAACCCUUAAAGAGCAUGGCGGUGCAGAGGCAGCAAGUUUGAGGAUUGCAGAGCAGUAUAUCCAAGCCUUCAGUAAUAUUGCAAAGGAGGGCACAACGUUGUUGCUUCCUACAAAUGCUUCUGAUCCUGCUAGCAUGAUGUCUCAAGCUCUUGCCGUUUAUAAAAACGUAGUGAGCAAGAACCUUGGCACUCAGCUUCCUGUGACCUCUCAAUCCAAGUUGACCAAAAACACCAGGCAGAGUGAUUCAUCUGCAGUAAGCGGCGAUGACAGCUCUCUUACUGCAAAUUCUGCUGAUGAUCAUCAUCUGAGUGAUCCCAUUUUCUCGCUGCAAAGCCAAAAAAAGGAUGACUGAAUUUUCUUAGCUUUGUGAGUAAGUAGCCUUGCAUGCAUCGAAUUCCUGAGUAGAUAAUUUGGCAAUGAUAAAGAGUGCCUAUUCUUUUGGCGUAGAGCUCUGACUUGCAUGCAUCAUUUUGGUGACAACUCUUUUUUCUGACAACGGCUGCUGAGUUCUGGAUGAGGCUUCUUGGAAAGUAGAAAAGUGGUAGUAAAAAAUUGAAAUGGAAAAAGUGGUAGUUAGGGGUCAUUAUACUGAUCGACUCUCCUUCAAAUUUUGAAGGAUGAUGCAUUUCCAGAGGUUUAUUGUUUGGAGAACUUUAAAGCGUGUGGGAAACAUGUACUUUUCAGUCGCCACUUUUAUAUGCUUUUUUUACAUACGUUUUUCUGGAGACUCAAACUAAUGACAGAAAAGUUUCAUUGUUCAAUAACCUGUUUUGUGCUCCAGGAAAUGAACUCAUUCUUUUUUGAAUAAAUAUAAUACCAUGAGACGAUCAUCUUUGAAUGCUCA